CCAAAAUUGAGCGAUUCGGUCACGAUGUCGAUAGAGAAUCCACUAGCGGCUAUUCCGACAGAUCAGUUGGUGCACCAACUCGUGCAAGAGCUUGCCAGACGUGUAGAGAAACUGGAGAAGAAGAACGAGGCUAAGAAAGAACAGAACCCUGCAGAAAGAGAGUCUCAAGCUGGCUGCUCUACAGAUAAUGGCAUCAAAAUCACGAGCGAUCAGCCAAACACCGUAAGGUAUUCGUCCCAAGGAAGUCGAGCUGAGGAUGAGGAUGACCGCUCUUGUUGCCCGACUUGCACGCGUGUGCUAGGAAGCUCCUGUCGUUGUGUUGAGGUUCCUUACGGAUACCUGCUCGACGAUGAGGCGCCUUCCGAAGGCAUGGAGAGCAUAGAACGUAGGGCAAAUGCACUAAAUCUCACCGACGAGCGACUAUUUCGCCUAUUAAAGAAAUCAGGCACCGCAGGCGUACCGGCGGAUGGCCGCCUCAACUUCAAAAACUUUUGGUCAUCGGGUGGCUCUUACAAUCUGGAAGUGGCUAUUGAAGCUGUUCGUGAGCUUGAUAGGCAUCAAGGCUAUCUCAGUGUCAGAGAUUUUGACCCUGACGGCCAUUUCAUUACCUACAGGAUUGGAAAUCCCAUUUUUGGAUGCGUAGGAACGACCCUAGAAGAUGAAACCUCUGGAAACAUUUGUGCCCCUCCCAUCAGAUUCGACUCCCAAAUCGGUGUUUUAGCACCUUAUAAUAGACUUAUCGUUCUUGCAGGGCUCAGUACAAUAAUGACAAAGUCAACAGACAACAACCCUUUCUUCGAAUCUAGCUAUUUCGACAGGUUAGAUGUCCAGGAGCACCUCCGUCCCGAAAAAUCUGAAUAUGGGUCUACAAAACACCUCGAUAAUCCCCGCACCAUAAACACACAUUUUUUUCAUUUCACUUGGUACGAAGUGAGCACUAGACAACAGUUUUCCAGCUCGUGGAAGAUGGGGAGCCUUCAUAAGAAAGUGUCGCUUUCACUUUGCGAGGUUGCAAACACGUUCCAAGCGAUUUCUUACGAUCGUAGCAAAUUCUGGACAAUCUUGGUUCUGCUCCCACCUGAUGGAUUCAAAUCCCAGAUUGAUGAGUGGGAGUUUAAAGCCAUAGCCUCCAAAAACUUUCCUCUCCUAGUAUUAAUGGCGAGGCUUUGUAUCCUUGCUCUAAGAUCGGCAUGGGUUGGAUGGUACACCUUAGUUCAAUACAUUGAUGGGCUUCUUGGCACGGGUAGCGAGAUAUUUGAUCUGGAAGCUCAUGAUAACUUGAUUUUUGAAGAUGAUCUCUACACCCGAUCAAAGAGGUAUUUCUGGGUUAUCAAUUGCCUUAACGAAUCGGAAAAGGUAAUUACCCGCAAUACACAGGUUUGGGUUGGAUACCGAGACAAUGUCCUAUUUCCGUUUGGCCAAACGCUGCUGAAAGAAGGCGAUGCAGAAAUGAGCAAAGAACUUGAUGGUGCUAUUCAAGAGUGUAAUGAGAGACAAGUUGAUCUUGAAAACAUCAAAAAAGAGUUUAACGAGCAACGAACAAAAGCUAUUGCACUUCGGGAUGGAUUAUUUUCCGCAAGCGCAGUCAUGGAAUCUCGAGCCUCGACACGACUGGGAGAGAAUGUAAAGCUCCUGACCUAUGUCAGCAUCUUCUACUUACCCUUGGCAUUUUGCACAUCCAUCUGGAGCACAACCGAUACCUUCGGCUACCACAAUCUCGCCUACACAAUGGUUGCUGUAGGCCUCCUCACCUACCUGAUCGUCUUCAACCUGAACCUCCUCGUCUCCUUCUCUAAAUCUUCAUACUCAUCCUUCAAAAAGUGUAUUUUGUCCUCAAUGCAAGCCGAUUCCCGCAAGUCAUGGAAAAAGAAAGGAGUGCUGUUUCAUGAGUAUAGACCUAGGGAGAGUGCCGAACGGUCGAAGCCAAGUGAGUGGUGGAUUUUGGUCUAUUUAUUGCAGAGGUGUUUGGAUGUUGUGUUGUUUAGGAAGAGGGAGAAGAGGGAGGAUGCUAACGCUGAGAAUGAGGUGGCAUAAGGGACGAGAAAUUGUUUGCUAGAUUGUUGAGGUCACGAAGAAAACGCCAUCUGCAGCGCCAGGUAGCAGCGCAGAUGCUGCUUAAGCAUUGAUUAGUCUUACGGGGUGGAGCAUCUCCGUCGAUUCCAUCAUUUUAGGGACACUUCAGUUUUUCUUUCUGCAUUGAAUAUAUCAUAAUUCCCAUUUCGACGUUGGCGGCCAUAUAUAGGCAGAUCAACAAACGAGGUUUGAUGACGGGAUGUAACAGAGCCGCAGAUUACUGAGGCCCACAGCUAGCUAGUCGACAAAACCGAGAAGCGAG